UUGUGAAACAGGUUGCCAAGUUUUCGUUCGUGUUAAGGGCCUGAAAUUAGUCUUGGUUUCGUUAAACGUACCCCCCGGCUUGUGCUUUUGAAGUAACUGGACUUGGAAGCAAACUUUGAAAUGGGGGAUCCCUCCCUACACAGAGAUUGUCCACUGGACUGUAAGGUCUAUGUGGGGAAUUUGGGUAACAGUGGAAAUAAGACAGAGCUGGAGAGGGCUUUUGGGUAUUACGGACCCUUGCGCAGUGUCUGGGUCGCCAGAAACCCUCCUGGCUUUGCUUUUGUCGAGUUUGAGGAUCCCAGAGAUGCAACUGACGCUGUGAGAGAGCUUGAUGGAAGGACACUCUGUGGUUGCCGUGUGCGGGUUGAGUUGUCCACCGGCGAGAAACGGUCCAGGAAUCGAGGACCACCCCCUUCGUGGAGUCGCCGUCCAAGAGAUGACUACAGACAUCGGAGCCCGCCCCCUAGACGCCGGUCCCCUAGGAGGAGGAGCCUCAGCCGUAGUCGCAGCAGGUCUCUUUCACGAGGUAGGAGAAAAGAUAGGUCUCUCUCUCGGGAUAGGCACCAUAAACCUUCAAGAUCUUUCUCAAGAUCACGCAGUCGUUCGAGAUCUCAUGAUCGUAGGUGAGAUGUGCCUUGAGGCGGGUUUGCUCUGAGAAAGGGUGUGUCUGCAUCCGUACCUCUCAGUUAUGGAUGGUUUUGUGUGUGGAUUUUUAAAACUGUCAUCCUUUUUAGAAUCCCCCCCUCCCCCCUCUUCCCCUCACCAUGACAUGAGGUCAUCAAACAGAAUCUUUGAUAGAUUUUCUUUAUUAAAUUGAACAUUGAAGACUGUAAUAUGUCAAUAUUUCACAGGCUGUCAUACCUUACCUUCAGCUAUUUGUACUCUUCUCAGAUUAAAGAUGAGUAGCUCAUAGACUAGUGAACAUCUUGGUUGAAUCGGUUCUGUACUUCAGUUGUGGUUUGUUUCCUUUCUGUUUCUGUUUGCUCAUUCUGCUUC